AUGCCAUCAAUUCCAGAAACAAAAAAAGAUAUUAAGACAACAGGACCAAGGCAUACUCGGACUGCCACAGAUGAGUUAGCUGUUACCCAAGCUAAUGGAAACGCCAUAAGAGGAAAACCAAUAGGAAAAGACCACCUCAAAUCAGGGAGGUUUCAAACAUUAGAAAAUUUUGCUUCGCUGUUUGAGAAGUACCUGGGCUUCAAUGUGGCAGGAGCUGGUAGCACCCCACUUCACUAUGCUGCUUGUGGUGGAAAUGCUGUCUGUUGUCAAGUAUGUGCCGCGAUCAGUGCGAGAGGUGAGAGGCCUGAAGAUUGGGUUCCACCAGAAGAUGUUUCUGCUGUACAUUACGCCAAAUGUGAUGGCAUUGACGAGACACUCCCUAUGGGUGCUGACGGGAACGAUGGGAUUGUAGACAUCUUCUCUGCACAUUCCUACUACGAUGCAGCAGAGUACAGUCAACUUGCAGAAGAGGAUAUGGAAGGAUCGUCAACAAUGGAUCAAGUUGUAAAGAACACACAAGAGAACAUGUCCUGGCUUUCUAUUUGGUGGCAACAAUUUGUUGAUGCUUCAAUGAUGCCCCUGAUGGCAAGCUUCAGCAAUCGUCAAGUACAAAGACAUCCUCCCGUGCGAAAUUCAAUUUGCCCAAUCCUAAUCUCUUCUAUAUAGCCUCACAGAUAAAACUGCAUGUGUAUUAAUGAAUUGAUCAUUUCACAAAUUAGUGCAUUAUAUUUGUAUCUUUCAGCUUUAUCUGUGAUCUUGUCUUGAAAACAAAAUUGCUUAGUCAUUUAUGUCUUGAACACAAAACUUGUCUGAUUCAAAAUUUGUUUCUGGCAUUCAGGCCUAUCUGAGUGUGAUCAUCAUCUAUCUUUACGCACAUGAUUUUCAGCAAGCUCAAAAAUCCUACAAUGACUGCUCAGAGUAAGUUGUACAUUGGUGGAUUUUGUAUAACAAUAUUUGUGCCAUGUGCUAUUUUGCCCCCAUCAAACCAUGAAGCGUAAAGUAAAGUCGUUUAACAGGGUUCAAGCCUUCAUCAAUAGCGACCAGAAUUGAUGUGCAACGAAGCUAUUGUCUGCUUAUGAGGAAGGUGAUGCUGAAGAAAUCAAACACAUUGCUCAAUCAAGUGCCUUCAAUUACCAUGUGGCAAAAUCUCAG